AUGCUCUCCAGGGUGCCUGGGUUCUCUAUUCUAGGCCUUGUUAUAGUGUGGCUUGUUCAUUUUACGAGCCUAAGUUAUACAGCCCAUUCCGGUUCUCAUCAUCAUUUGCACACACACCAUCGAAGAGCCGAUAUUCAAGGUAUCAUUGAUAACGGGCUCAAUGAUCGUGCUCAUACGUACGAAAGGCUGUUUUUGUGGGAGGCCUAUAAAAUCAUUGGUCAAACUGAGGGUUACAAAACACAAAAGCUCAUACUUCCUUUCCUUUUGAAGAAGGACGGAACAGAACUUCUCACGCCCGGGCUAGAUAAUCGACAUCUGAUAACUGUUGGCGGCUCGGAGAAGCCGACAAAUUAUCCUCUUGAUUAUUCUGAAUUCAUGCUAAGAUUGGGGGGCAAAAACACGGUGACCGUGGCUCAUCCUGAUAUAACUGCGCCAGAUUCUGAGGAUGAUGUUGAGAGGGCGGAACAGGAGUUGACUGAUAAACGUCUCAAUGGGCAAAUUAAGAUGGAUAAAGUCAGCCCUUACCUCAAGACAGGUGGAAGCAAUCAAAUCCAUACUCGAUUUAUCGAGAAAGUCAUCGAAAAGGUGGCGGCGAUCAGAAAUGAUGCGAAGAAGUCUAGUAUUGGGGAUGUUUCCGCACGUCUUGAUCGCGCCGACACUAUAAGUCGACGAAUAAUACUCCUCAGGAAAGCCUCGACAAACAACUGGCUGAUCAAGUAUCUAUCCAGAGACGAUGGUUGGAAUCUCCAAAAAACUGAGGACGGUUCAACCCGUACCACUGUUACGACCGUGGACGACGCAGAGACCGGAGUUCCAGGCGAAGACAAGAUAUCCAAAUACCAAACAAUUAACUUUCCCGCAACCUUUAAGAAUCCACUCAACACCGCGAAAAUUCAAGGGAAGAACCUUCAAAGUGGAGUUGAUUUUCAUACCUGGGCCAAUGAGCUUGGGGACGUUUUACCCAGUACCAAUGGUCCUUCAGCGAGCGACUCGAGUGUUAGCCAUUGGCAAGAGAUCACCGCUUGGGAGGAUAAAUCUUGGAUAGAUGAGUGUUGA